UGGUUUGCUGGGCAUGCGCAGUGUGUUAUUGGUCUAUGGCAUUGUACGUAAACAUGGACGUCGCAUAGUGAGCUGCUUGCUUUAGAAUUACCCCGUGAACUGAUUCAACCCUCGAAUCACCUCUGCGGAGGCGACUUGCAACACUUACGUCAAAAUGUCUCGUCACAGAAAUGUCCGCGGUUAUAACUACGAUGAAGACUUGACGGAUGACGAAAUGUAUAGUCAAUCUGUUGAUGAUGACUACUGCAUCUCUCCCGCUACGGCGGCCCAGUUCAUCUACUCUCGCCAGGAGAGGCAGGCCCCUCAGGUUGAGUCUGUGGAGGAGGAAGUAUGUGAGGAAGAUGAGAUACCCAUGUCUCCCUCCGUAGGCCCCACUCUGGACCCGCUGGAUCAAGGCCGACUCUACUCUUGUCUGGACAACAUGCGAGCGGUGCUGGGGGAAACCGUGUCGGACUCAGUUCUGACACAGGCCGCACUGCGCCACGACUUCGACCCCCAGAGGGCGCUAGACGAGGUCCUGUCUGCGGAGAGUGCACAAACACACACGCCACCGCCACCCCAACCUACACAGCCACCCACAGCCGCUCCCUUACCGCAGAGACCAGAACGAGAGAGAGGUAAAGGCCGGGAGAAAGGCAGCCAAGUGGAGUUGGAGGUCAUUCCUAAGGUCGCCCGCAUGACGGUCUCUGGCAAGAAGCAGACCAUGGGCUUUGAUGUACCUUGCAUGGAGGAGAAUGGCGUCCAGAGUCCCUCCAUGCGUCGGAGGCCCAUCCCAGAGGUGGUUGCCGUGACACCUGUGACCACGCCUGCUAGUACCUCCACCAAACGCCCGGAGACGCCCGUGAAAAAUCUGGGCAGCAGCGAUGAGCCGGCAACCCCGGUUACCCCGGCGACUCCCCGCACGACUGGCAAGAGCAAAGCUCAGCUCAAUAUCCGUGCCGAGCUGGACAAACGGCAGGGAGGGAAACCACUACUCAACAUGGUGGUCAUAGGCCAUGUGGACGCAGGUAAGAGUACACUGAUGGGCCACCUGCUGUACCUGCUGGGUAACGUGAACAAGAGGACCAUGCACAAGUACGAGCAGGAGGCCAAGAAGGCCGGCAAAGCCUCGUUCGCCUAUGCCUGGGUACUGGAUGAAACCGGAGAGGAGAGAGACAGGGGAGUUACUAUGGAUGUGGGGAUGACCAAGUUUGAGACAGACUCUAAGGUGGUGACACUCAUGGACGCCCCUGGACACAAGGACUUCAUCCCCAACAUGAUCACUGGGGCUGCACAGGCUGAUGUGGCGGUGUUGGUGGUGGAUGCCAGUCGUGGGGAGUUUGAGGCUGGGUUCGAGGCGGGCGGUCAGACGCGGGAGCACGCCCUGCUGGUCCGCUCGCUCGGAGUCACGCAGCUCGCCGUCGCCGUCAACAAGAUGGACCAGGUCAGUUGGCAACAGGAACGAUUCCAGGAAAUCACCAACAAACUUGGUCAUUUCUUGAAGCAAGCAGGCUUUAAGGACUCUGAUGUGUUUUACAUCCCCUCGAGUGGGCUCUCAGGGGAGAACCUGACCAGCAGGAGCAGUGUGUCUGAGCUCACCUCCUGGUACAAGGGCCCAUGUCUGGUGGAGCAGAUCGAUGGGUUCAAGCCUCCGCAGAGAUCAGUAGAGAAGCCUUUCCGACUCUGCGUGUCUGACGUCUUCAAAGAUCAGGGCUCCGGGUUCUGUGUGACGGGGAAGAUUGAGGCUGGCUACAUUCAGACAGGAGAGCGCAUGCUUGCCAUGCCCCCCAAUGAGACCUGCACCGCUAAAGCUAUUACUCUACAUGAUGUGCCCAUGGAUUGGGCUGCUGCUGGAGAUCAUGUGACCCUGUCUGUGACAGGAAUAGACAUCAUCAAAAUCAAUGUGGGCUAUGUAUUCUGUGAUCCUAAAGAACCAAUCAAAGCCUGUACUCGAUUCCGAGCCAGGGUUCUCCUAUUUAACAUUGAGGUUCCAAUUACAAAGGGCUUUCCUGUGCUGCUGCACUACCAGACAGUAAGUGAGCCAGCAACCAUCAGGAAGUUAGUGAGCGUCUUACACAAGAGCAGCGGAGAGGUGCUGAAGAAGAAACCAAAGUGUCUGGGGAAAGGGCAGAACGCUGUGGUGGAGAUCCAGACUCAGAGGCCAGUUGCUCUGGAGCUUUACAAGGACUACAAAGAGCUGGGGCGCUUCAUGCUCAGAUACGUGGGGUCAACCAUCGCAGCUGGGGUCGUCACCGAGAUCAAAGAAUGACAGAAGAUCAGGCGCUCCCGCCCGCGGUCUCAGAACACUUCAGAAAAGGACCUGGCCCAAAGAGCUCGAGAACAAGUGCAAUUUCCUCUCACCCUGUCAUCGCUCGGCGUACACACACACACACACACACACACACACACUCAUACACACACUUAUCACACCCUUCCAACACACACAUUUGUGCACACACACAUCAUAACCUUCACACACGCACACACACACCCUUCCAACGCGCUCACACACACACCCUUUCAACAAACACACACACACACACGACCCCCAUGCCAGCUUCCUACUGCCUAGAACACGGGCAGGCUUCUGUGUAUGGACUUCACCAUGGAGAUGUGAUUGAAGAUGGACAGAUCAAUAGGGCUGUAUUAUCAUCAUUAUAAUUAUCAUCAUCAUUAUUAUUCCUUGAAUAUUUUCAAGAAAUAAUACAAGUGUUUCCAGAUAUUCUUGAGUGGAAGUGUAACGCUAUCAGGUUAGCACACUGUUAUUUACCUGCCAUCAUUUGGGAGACCCUGGUGAUCGCAAUGGCAGGUGAGUGGUGAGUGCUAGUUUGGCUACACACACACACACACACACACACACACACACACAAAAUGAAUCCCUCUGAAGGACUGACAAAGUAACUUAAGAAACAGCAGUGUUGUAAGACUAAGUGUGUGUACACCACGCACACUUCUCACACACAGGCGGACUCAUGCAGCUAUGCAUGCAAGCACAAAGACGCCUCCCUCUUUCUUGUCCUGAAAAUUCUGGAACAUUCUGCUCCCCUCCCACAGCAUCACACACUCUCUCCAGCUGAGUGAAAGGAAUGUUUUUACUUCUAAUUUCAUUUUUAUUCAGUUGAAUGCUCAUGAAUGAUCUUAUUUUGACUGAAUAUGUAAAACAUUUGUCAUACCUGUUAUUCAGGUAUUUUUUUCUUUUAAAUAUUUGUUUUGAGGGGGAAAGUUUGACUCAGGAAAGUGUUUGCGUGUUACUGGAGAAAGAAGAAAAAAAAAGAAAAGAAAAAAAGGGCGACUUUAGGACAUUGCAGGGGGAGGAGCGAUACUAAACCAUACCAAUCCUGACUGAUUCUCACAGCCCGUUUUCUCUAACACAUUCAACACUCAUAAUAUAAUUUUGGUUAGAAGCUACAAAGGGCUUGCUCAAUGAGCCAGAGACACUGGAACUGCUCUGGCUCCAACCUGUGCUCGGAGCCCGGUUCAUGCCAGGACUCACCCCUAAGCUCACAACCAUACUGUGGUUACAGACAGCAAGGGAGAGAUCUUGACAAAAAGAAAUUCUUGAUCGUAAUAAAGCAAAAAGGUGGUGACACUGCAAUCGGACUGGUCUUAAUCUGGUGGGUGAAGGCCAGAUAUGCUCCACAUCACAGCCGAAUGCCUUUCAAAUCGGGGGCAGAUCAGUUCCAGUCCUGUCUACCACAUUGCUGUUAUGGUAUGGUAGGGAAGCAACUUCUGGAUUCUGUCUGCAGUCUGAGGUCUGUGACACUAGCAGGGCAGAGAGGGGCAUAGCCUAUCAUCUAAACAAACUCAUCAAGGUGCUAAUCGUCGUUUCUGAAGGGAAAGCGCUUAAUGACUCACAGCCGUUCGGUCAUUGCUUUGCUUCUUUCUAAUUACAGAUUUUUUAAGUUACUUUUUUCUUGUUUGGGUUUCAUCCCCUGGGGUUUCAAACCAGCUUUGGGGCUGUUGGGUGAGAAAAAAGCCUUUCCGGUCUUUUUGGAUGCAUGAGCGGCUGUUUAGGUUGCCCCAUUAGUGUGUGUGCGGAGAUGAACAUCGCCGUGCUUGAAGUGUAUGCCACUAUAGGCUAACAUAUCUCAUUCACUACAGUAUCUACAACCCUCCGAUCUCUAUUCAAACUGGAUGUUUACACACGGCUUACGGGCAGCCCAAUGUAGCCUUCAUGCAAAAUAAUAAAGGUGAUCAAUUGAAA